GUGGUUUUAUGCAAUUUUUGCAAGCAUUUUUGAUUUGAUUACAAUACGACGUAUUACAAUAUUAAUUUUAUCAUCAUUAUUUGUAUUCAAGUAUUAGUUUAAUAAUGAGAUUGUUAGUAUUUUGCUAAGCAAAUUGUACAGGAAAGGUUAAAAUGGCGACUAACGUCAGAGCGUCAGUGUCGCAAAUUCUUCGCAACAAAGAUGAGACUUUGGAGGAAGAUGAUGAACCAAAAAAGAAGUCCCGAGAGGACUGGAGAAAAGCCAAGGAGUUGGAGGAGGCUCGGAAGGCCGGUACAGCGCCCGCUGCUGUCGAUGAAACUGGCAAGGACAUAAAUCCCCACAUUCCACAGUACAUAUCCUCAGCGCCAUGGUACUAUGGCACAGCCGGCCCCACCUUGAAGCAUCAGAGGCCACAGGAGGACAGAGAGGGGCAGUUCACUAAACUUGACUUGUACUACAAUAAAGGAGUUACUGCAAGUUCAGCAACAAAGUAUAGAAAGGGGGCCUGUGAAAACUGUGGUGCUAUGACACACAAGAAAAAAGAUUGUCUGGAAAGACCAAGAAAAAUUGGGGCAAAGUUCACAAACGCAGGCAUAGCUCCCGAUGAGUUCAGUCAGCCUGACCUGAAUUUGAGCUAUGAUGGCAAGCGUGACCGCUGGAAUGGCUAUGACCCUGCACAGCACAAGGCCAUCAUUGAGGAAUAUCAAAAAGUUGAGGAGGCCAAGAGGGAGUUGCGGGCAAAGAGAUUAGAGCAAGAUCCCACUGCAACAGAAGAAGACGAAUUAGAAGGUGAGGAUGAAGACAAAUAUGUGGACGAAGUGGACAUGCCCGGUACUAAGGUGGAUUCCAAGCAGCGUAUCACAGUGCGCAACCUGCGCAUUCGCGAGGACACCGCCAAGUAUCUGCGCAACCUCGACAUCAACUCCGCGUAUUACGACCCCAAGACGCGCUCCAUGAGAGACAACCCUAACCCAGAGGCGGCUGAAUCGGAAUACGCUGGUGAGAACUUCGUCCGUUUCACAGGCGACACUCGGUCGCACGCCACGGCGCAAAUGUUCGCGUGGGAAGCGCACUGCAAGGGCCUGGACGUGCACUUGCUGGCAGAGCCAACCAAGCUGCAGAUGCUGCAGCGACAGUACGAGGAGAAGAAGGACCAGUUCAAGACUCAGGUGAAACAAUCAGUGCUGGACAAGUACGGGGGUGAAGAGCACUUGAGAGCCCCGCCGCGGGAGCUGCUGUUGGCGCAGAGCGAGGUGUUCGUGCAGUACAAUCGCGACGGCAGCAGAGUGGGGGCAGCUGAGAAGCAGCUUGCCAAGAGCAAAUACGAAGAGGAUGUCCUCAUAAACAAUCACACGUCAGUUUGGGGCUCCUACUGGCGAGAUGGACAGUGGGGGUACAAAUGCUGCCACUCUUUUAUUAAGAUGUCAUACUGCGUGGGUGAAGCCGGGAAGUCAGUUAUACUAGAGGUUCCCGAAGACAAAGCUCUACAAAAGCAAGACAAAAAGGAUGAUAAAUCAAUAAAAUCCUCGUCAUCAUCGGAUUCGAGCUCAGACAGCAGUUCUUCCGACUCGGAGCACGAUAAACGGUCGAAAACAGAGAAGACAAGCAAGAAAAAGAAGAACAAGAAGCGGUCCAAGAAGAAGAAAAAGAAGGAAUUGAAGAAGGGAAAGCGCGAGGAGGAUAAACUCAAAAAGGCUCUAGAGAUGGAGGAAAGAAAACAGAAGCACGCCGAGUACCUGCUCUCAGUAGAUGAAAGGAAACGUCCAUACAACAGUAUGAUACAAGUCAAAGAACCCACGGAGGAGGAAAUGGAGGCCUACAUGAUGAAACGGCGCAGGGAAGAAGACCCUAUGAGCCAGUUUAUGUAGAAUGAACAAAUUAAAAACUUUAUAGAAAUGCUAUCAGGCAAGAUUUAUGCUAACUUCACUCGUUGUUUUUCCAACAUUAGUACCUUUUCUGAUUGAAACUAAGGAUAACCAGAGGUGUCAAACUGCAGCAUUUGCAUAGGGUAACCAUAUUUUUAAGUUAGGAAUAAGUAUUUAUCGAAUGUAAAAUAGAAAAAUAAACAUAUUAUUUUAUUGUUA